UACGAUAGGUACUCUUCGAUGAAUAAAUACUGUGGGUACAUGGAUGGCUGGCUUACUCCUAGCGGGUUUAAUUUCAAAUUUGGACUGCAUGAUCGAGCAUGACGUCGCAAGUUCACCGUAUGGGUGUGGACCGCAGGCGUGUGCAAGAUGUCAUUCUCGUGUUCCGAGGUCUGGCCCAGGUCUGGACUGUCAGUCAACAACAAGUGCUGGACCAAGUGUCUUCCGCGGCCCGACCUCUGCCGAAACUGGCGAUCGACCUCAUCCCCCAGCCGAAAAAGGAAACUCGAGACAACCCAAAUCGUCUACGGGGACCUUCUUUGAAAAAAGCGCCGGGCUUAUCAGGCGAUCACUUGGCGUUAAUCGGGGAGAACCUUCUCGUACUGACUCAAGCCAUGGCCUCCUCGGUUUUGAUGCCCUCUCAAACAUCGUCGACAACCGAUUCUCCUCCCAAACCCAAGCGUCCUUUAUCCGUUGCCCACACGCCUGAGUACGAGGUCAACCCUCACCUUUCAGCCUUAGAUUUACUCGACCUUGAUUUGAUGGACGAACAGGCUUUAAAAAAGAUGGUCUACCGACCCAAACACCCGAUCAAAGCACCUGAGGAGCCUGAGGUCAGUCCCGCACUCAACGAGAUAUCCCCCGAAAAUGAGGACGAAACCUUACCCACUGCUUGGGGUCAAAGGAAAAAGCUCUCUCGAUCGUCAUCGGAGCGACAGGUACCGUCCACCCGUUUGGGUCGGGUGGCGUCUUUCGGCAGUUUGGGGCUAGGAUUGGGAUUAGGUACCCUCUCUGAGGCUUCGAAGAGGUUGGUGGGACUAUCGGAGGCCCAAGGGUCAGUCAUGCUCUCCGAUGCCAAUGCCGAACGAAUCGUUAGGACUUUGUGCCGAGUUCGAGGAGCGGCCCUGAAAAUCGGUCAAAUGCUUUCCAUUCAGGAUGAAGCGCUCAUGAAUCCGCAAUUGGCUGAGAUAUUCAAACGCGUUCGGGAAUCUGCCGACUUUAUGCCGGUCUGGCAAAUGGAGCGAGUGAUGAGUUCGGAAAUUGGUCCCAAUUGGCGCGAUCACUUUUCUCAUUUCGAAUCGGAACCGUUUGCCGCCGCCUCCAUUGGCCAAGUUCAUGCGGCGAAGUUAGCCGAGUCCAAUCGUGAAGUUGCGGUGAAAAUCCAGUAUCCGGGUGUGGCUCAAGGCAUUGAAAGUGAUAUCAGCAACCUUUUGGGAGUUCUCAACAUGGCCAAGAUCCUGCCCGAAGGCCUCUUCUUGGAUUCUGUCAUUGACCACAUGAAAGUAGAGCUAGCUCAAGAAUGUGAUUACAAACGCGAGGCCGAAUGUGCCACGAAGAUGAAAAGCCUCCUCCGGUCCUCCCCUCAGUACCUCGUCCCCGAAGUAAUCAAUGAGUUGUCCACCCAGCAAGUCUUGACUUCGGAAAUGAUUGAGGGUUUAACCAUUGAUCAAUGUGAAGGCUUGAGUCAGAGCUCGAGGAAUUUCAUCGCCCUUUCGAUCUUGGAGCUCCUUCUUCGCGAACUCUUCAUACAUUGUUACAUGCAGACCGAUCCAAACUGGGCCAAUUUUCUCUUCAAUCCGGACACGAAAGAGGUUGGCUUGCUUGACUUUGGAGCCACUCGUGAAUUUCGGCCGUUUUUCGUCAAUAAUUACUACAAAAUUAUCGAAGGUGCCGCCAAGGGGGACCCUGAACAAAUCUUGGAAUAUUCCAGGAACAUCGGCUUUCUUACAGGAUAUGAAGCUCAGGUGAUGAAUGACGCUCAUGUGGAGUCGGUCAUGAUUUUGGGACAAUGUUUCCGAGAGAAUGCCGAAUUUGACUUUGGCAAGCAGAAAACCACCCAUCGGAUGCAGGACCUCGUUCCAGUGAUGUUAAAGAACCGCCUUUGCCCGCCCCCACCAGAAGUGUACUCUUUACACAGGAAGAUGUCCGGACUGUUCUUAUUGGCAACCAAAUUAGAUGCCAAGAUUAAUUGUUUCCCCGUGUGGAAAAAACUCGAGGCCGAAUUUGUACCUCACGCAAUAGAGUGAAGUGAAACCCAUAGCAAACCAAAAAAAUACAACUUAAGCCCAAGCGAU